AUGGCGUCCCUCGAAGGCAAAGUGAUAGGGAUUACAGGGGGCGCAAGUGGCAUUGGUCUUGCCACAGCUCAAUUACUUGCAUCACGAGGGGCCGUACUGUCCUUAGCGGACACAAAUCAGGCUGGUCUCGACGAAGCAAUCAAAACCCUCUCCACAAGUGGAUCUCGCAAGCAUACCAGCACCACAUUAGACGUGCGAAGCAGUAAAGCAGUUGACGCUUGGAUAUCACAGAUUGUCACUGACCAUGGUCGCCUUGAUGGGGCAGCAAAUGUGGCCGGUGUGCAUAAGAACGAUAAGCGACUCGUCGAUGAGACAGAUGAAGGAUACGCUUUGAACAUGGAUGUCAAUGCUGCCGGGGUGUUUUAUUGUCUGAGAGCGCAACUUCGGGCACUCUCCAAAGGUGGAAGUAUUGUCAACGUUGCUAGCGCGACAGCUCACAUCGGAGCGGCUGGCAUGGGCAGCUACUGUGCGAGCAAACAUGCCGUACUCGGACUGACCAAAACUGCAGCAAGGGAGCAUUCAGAUGCCAGAAUCAAUGUUGUGUGCCCCGGCAUCGUGUCUACAGCAAUGACAGACGAAGUAGAAAAGAAGCUGGGUCACCCCAUGUCUACCUCAAUGCAGUGCUUCGACAGGCAUGGUGAGGCGAUGGAGAUUGCGACAGCGAUCGCGUUUUUACUGUCUGACGAGGCGACUUUCGUGACAGGCGCGAUUUGGGAUGUCGAUGGGGGUUUACGCGCUUAG